AUUAAUAUAUAUAUAUGUAUAUUUAUUAGGAACAAUUUAAAUGUGGAUACUGUGGUUGGUGCUUAAAACAGCAUCAAAUUGUUGAGCAUUCUUGUUUUACGAAUACAGAAGCGGAUUUAAUAUUUAUCGAUAAUGAAAAAAAUAUUUUUAUAGCAGAAAAAGAGAUUGUAGAAAAUACUGUAAUAAAGAACAACUGGAUGAAGACUUGAUAUCAGCAGUAAAAAGCAGGCCUACUCUAUAUGAUUUUCGUCUACCUUUAAAAGAAAGAGGAAGAAAACAAAAGGCUGACUUGUGGAGAGAAAUCAGUGUAUAUUUGAAAGGAUCAUAUACACCCACGGACGCGGAAAAACGUUGGAAUUACUUAAAAGAUUGUUAUAGGAAAGCGAGAAAUUUGCUCAAAAAACAACAAAAUAUUGCACAAAGAAGUGGUGCAGCUGGUACAUCGAAAAGUGAAACCAUCAAGUUAUCUUUUCGUUAUUAUAAUAUUAUGAUGUUUUUAAAUGAUACACUAGAAUAUCGACAAACCGUGACUUCCUUGCGAAAAGCAAUAUAUGAUAGCAAAGCAUCUACAUCAAGUGCAUUAAAUGACACUGAUGAAUCGGAUGAAGUACUUUUUAUCAACAAUGAAUUGGACUGCAGUUCAAGAUCAGAUUUUUCCUUUAAUACUCAAUCAGUCAAUUCAAAGAAAAGAAAGAACAAACAAGAUGUGGAUGAAAGUGAGAAAGUUCUUAUAGAAGCGCUAAAAGAAAAUGUUGAAUGUAAUCCUAUUGAUGGAUUUUUAUUACGUCUAGGAGAAGGUCUACACAGACUUUCAUAUAACAAAAGAUCACGGUUAGAAAUAGAUUUCUUACAAAAACUGUAUGAAAUGGAAGAGGAAGGAAGGACAUAGAAGAAUGAGUUAUAUCUCCAUAUAAUAUAUUCUGUAGUUCGAAGAUAGUGACAACUGUCGUUAUCUGCUAUUCCAAAUUACAGAAUGAAUAUUCUACAUUUAGCUUUUUUAUCUGUUAAGUUACUUGUGAUUCUUUGUGAUACUGGAAAGUUAGUUGUAAUAUGGAAUUUACAAGAGUGUGUUGAUAUAUAAGAUUUAUAAAUGCAAAUUAUAAAAAAAAAUACAA